CAAACCCAAGUCAUUUAAAACCAGUUGAGAGGUAAGAGCCAAACCAAAGACAACAUUGCCAAGGCAAGCUAUAAGCCUCAAACCCCCCCAAAAAUUAUAGCCAAGAAAAGAAAGGAAUUCUCAGCUUCUCCUUCUCCUUCUCCCUACACAAAACACAACUCUAUAUCUCCCUAUCAAGUUUCUUCCCAAUUUUUCAAACUCCCUCUUACAUCUCUCUCUCUCCAUGGCAAGUUUUUUUAGCAGAAUUUCCACAUUCAGGAUUUUUCUUCUAUGUUCACUCUGUUUCUCAGAUUUUGGUUUCCUGCAAGGAGUUUCAUCACUUGGUAUCAAUUAUGGCCAACUUGGCAACAAUUUGCUGCCACCGGAGAAAGUCCUGGACCUCUUGAGCUCUCUAAGGAUCACGAAAGCACGAAUUUACGACACGAAUCCUCAGGUGCUCACAGCAUUUGCAAAUUCUGGUGUUGAGCUAAUGGUGACCAUUGAGAAUGCAAUGCUAGGCCAAUUAAGCAAUCCCCAAGCAGCCUUCCAAUGGGUUACCUCCCACAUCAAGCCUUAUGUUCCAGCCACAAAAAUCACCAGCAUUGCUGUGGGCAAUGAGGUCUUCACAGAUGAUGACACAACAGUUCUGCUAUCCAAUCUGGUUCCAGCCAUGGUCAGCAUUCAAGGGGCUCUAGCUCAGCUAGGCCUUGACCAAUACAUCAAACUCUCAACCCCUUGUUCUUUGGCUGUGCUUCAAGAAUCUUAUCCGCCUUCGGCAGGUAGCUUCAAAACUGAGGUCUCUGGGGUCAUGUCACAAUUGUUACAGUUCCUUCAGACCACAAAGGCACCUUUCUGGAUCAAUGCCUAUCCAUAUUUUGCAUACAAAGGUGACCCAAAUAGAGUCUCUUUGGACUAUGUGCUUUUCAACCCCAAUCAAGGAAUGGUUGAUCCUUUUACCAAACUACAGUAUGACAACAUGUUGUAUGCUCAAGUUGAUGCAGCCAUUUAUGCCAUGGCUAGGCUGGGAUUCAAUGGCAUUGAGGUUAAGGUCUCCGAGACUGGCUGGCCAUCCAACGGGGACGAAAAUGAAAUCGGUGCAACUUUGCAGAAUGCUGCAAUUUACAAUAGAAAUCUGUUGAGGAGGCAGCUGCAAAAUGAAGGCACGCCUUUGAGGCCUAAACUGAGGCUGGAAGUCUAUGUGUUUGCUCUGUUCAAUGAGAACAUGAAGCCGGGGCCGACUUCCGAAAGGAACUAUGGCCUGUUUCACCCUGAUGGCACCAUGGCUUAUAAUGUUGGGUUGUCUUCCGUGUCAACUAAUUCAGCCACAACUCCAUCCACAACAACCUCAUCAGUCUCUGAUUUUACUUCUUCUGCUACAAAGGCAGCAACCAUGGAAUAUAAUCAAAGCUGGGUGUACUGGAUGCUUGUAUGUGUGCUGAGCUUCCAAGUUUAUAUGAGAAUACCAUUUUAAGCAAAUGGGAGUUGUUGUAAAUAUUUACUUUUGAUGGGUACAAAGAUAAUGAGCUCUCUAUUCUUCAGAAACAAUAUUACUUCAUUAGACAAUGACCUUCAAAUCGACAUUUCGAAGAAUGAAUUACACACCAGAAAUUGAUCAUGCAGAAGCAGCUUACUUAGUGUUUUCUUACUGUGACAAGUCCUACGUCAAGAUCAUGUAGUUAAAACAAUUUAAUUUCAAUGUCAUUUGAUUAUACAUUUUACUAUGUUGUUGCUUAGAGGAAAAAAAAAACUAAAUAUAGUGAGAGAAUUCAUA